CUUUGCUGGGCCAGCCGCGUUCUGCCCAACAUGGAUCCUGAAUCUGCCCCGCUUCCCUUCCGCCGAGGCGAUGGCCAGUACAGCCUCGUCCAGGCAGACGACUCGAUCGAUCUGCUGGAGCCCUCGCCGGUCGUCGAUCUGGUGGCCCUCAGCACCGCCCGCGGCGAUCUGGUCUGUGUCCGAUCGUGGGAGUGGGCUCGCAUCUGGAGCCAGAGCUGCCCUUAUCGCCCGAGAUCGAUGGCAUGGCGGCCCGACGGCAAGCUGCUCGCCGUCGGCUUUGAGAACGGAGCGAUCCAGCUGCGAGACUCGGAGACAGGCGAGGUCAAGUUUACAUGUGCCUCGUCCAAACAGCCGAUUGUCGGCCUGUGUUGGGCAGAAGAUUGCCUGGCCCCGCAGCAGUCGGUCUGGGGCAAUGUCGCCUAUAGAGAGUUCUCGGGAUUCCUGCCGCCACUUCCAACCCUCCCGAACUGCGAGUCGAUCGUUGGCGAUAUCUUUGUAUCGGACACAGCCGCCGCGCUGAAUCUGCUGGUAUCCAUCGACGAUGGGGGCCAGAUCCAAGUCAGAGCCUUUGGUGUCUACACUGUCGCAGAGCUCAUGCUCCCGCCCGAGGGUUCCGACAAUGCCCAGGAUUGUCGUUUGUAUGUGACCCCGGAUUUGGCCCAUAUUGUGGUGUCGUCGCAGCAGGCCGACGCAUUUUCGCUGGCGAUUUACAGCGGUGCUAUGCUGCGUCCCAAGGCAGCCGAUCUCCAGUUUGUCUCGCGAUGCUGGAUCACCUUCAAGUAUCUGCUGAGUUAUAUCGAGGAAGUCAUGAUAAAAAUGAAGGCCGAGGCCAAGGCAGUAUACAGACUCGAGCUGCAGCAGCACGACAAAUUCGCCGAUCUCCUCGAGGAAUGCGAAAUCUCGUCGACCCCGCAGAUGGAGUACAUGAAUCUACUCGAGUUUGGGAUCGUGGGCGAUGGCAUCAAGCAAUUCGUGGACCGAAUGGGGCUGCCGGGCAUUCGUCGGUGGAAGCAGGCCGCCGAGGUCGCCUAUACGAACUUUGGAAACUUGGCGCAGAAACACCUCGUCCCCGUCUGCGAGCGGAUAUUCACGCUGGCCACACGUCUGCAAGUGUUCGAUAAGCGCGAAAGCACCGUCGUUGAGUUUUGGGAGGACUCCAAUUUCAAGGAGACCAACAACAUCAUCGAGCUGUCCAGCCGACUGAUGGUGCUGGCCACCAAGUGCCUCUUUCGAGCCAAGAAGCGCCAUCUGGAGUUCAAGGACUUUAUUUUCUGGAUCAACUCUUUUUUGCACAUCAAGCUGCGGGACGAGACUGCCGAUAUGCAUGUCGAUGACAAGGAGCCCCCACUGUUCGACAAGGAGAUCGAUGGAGUUUGCGCCCAUGUGAACGAUCAGUGCUCUUUGGUGAUCCUCGAUGCUUUUGAUGCGAGUGCAUAUCCAUCGGACACACAAGAUGGUUCUUCAGGGCUCGGUGAUAGCUUCCCGGCAAUCCUCAAGGGGCUCUCGGCCGCGCUCGACCGAUUCUUUUCUGGGAAAAACAACAUGCUAACUGCAAGCAUGGGCCGUGUGUUUGAGCGCCAGCUUGCUCAUAACUCGAACCAAACGAAUAGCUCCGGGUGCAGGACCUCAGGAAUCCGAUUCCGCGAGUCGCUGACCAGUCGCUCGAUUUCGUGGUCGACUGCGGUAUUCGACGGACCCGCGUUUCAUGUGGGAAAGCUUGGCGUCGGAGCUAGUCUAUCAGCAACAUCAUGCCUCGUACAAGUCGACCCAGCAUCAUGCACCACCGACGUAUCCCACAAGAUCCUGGAUUGGGACUUUUGGGACGACCACACGAUAGUUGCGCUGAUAGGCGAGGAGGCAGCCCAAGCAAAGGAUGAAGCAAGCGCAAAGGGUCGAACAAUGAUGGCCAGUUUGCGCAUUGAGCCAGAGUCGCUCGCAGAUGGACUACCCAAGGUACUCGCACUGGACCGAGUCCGGGAGCUGGACGACGAUGCGACAAGCUUGCGCAUCCAGGCUAGCAAAAAUACCUUGUAUUUGGUGCAAUCCGAGCGGCGAACGAUCGCGGCCUACUCUCUGGACGAAGACGAGUGAUUCGACAGCACACUCGAGACAGAAUAGAUCCCACGUCGUUAUCAGCGA